AGAGUUAGUCUAUCUUCCUAUCAUGUACCUGGUGAUGGAGGCCAAUGGAAAGAGGGCUUCCCUUGUGGCUAAGUUCCAGACUCCCCUGAGAGUGGGACAGCGGGAGUCAGGCACAAAGUGGCACAUGUCGCCUGUAGAAGUGCUUGUUGGUGGUCCACCCAGGAGCACAGCUGAUGCACGGAGAUGAGGUGUGCAGACAGAUGGUGCCUGUGCGAGGUAUGCAAGCCCUUCCGGGAAUAGAGGAUUACUGAAAAGGUCAGGUACCAACUGAGGUCAUACACAGAGGAGUGAGAAAGUAUCCGUUAGCCAAGCCGAGG